AUGUAUUUAGCCAGAGCGGAGCUGUGGAGGACAUACUGGGUGUGUGCCUCCAGACCGUACGCGGUGCUCAUCUGCUCCCUCACAGCCGCUCUGUGCUAUCUGUGGGGCCGCAAAUGUCAGCCCCCAGCCCUGAUAUGUAGCCAGGCUUUCAGCGAGUUCCUCUGCAAACACUGUCCUGUGGUGGCGGAGCGCUUCAGUCCCACGCCGUGGUGCUGGGGAGGCCGGCUUCAAACCCUUGUCUGUGCCGUUCUAAAAUCCAAACCGCACGUCACGUAUCGCAAUGAGUUGAUCCGUACGGUCGAUGGAGGCCAGAUCUCUCUGGACUGGGCGGACAAUCAGGCCAGUGGCGCCUACCCCGAAUCCUCCACCCGUCCCACAGUACUGAUCCUCCCAGGCCUUACUGGCAACAGCCAGCAGUCCUAUGUGCUUCACGCUGUUAGCCAGGCCACUCGCCAUGGUUACAGAUGUGUGGUCUUCAACAACAGAGGCUUUGGAGGGGAAGAAUUGUUGACCCCGAUCACGUACUGCGCUGCCAACACCUCAGACCUUGAGCGUGUGGUGCAACAUGUCAAAGGCCUCUACCCUCACGCCCCUGUGCUCGGUGCCGGUGUGUCCUUAGGAGGCAUGAUACUGCUAAACUACCUGGCCCGCAAGCGCACGGAGUCCGGGCUGGUUGCAGGCAUCACCAUCUCCGUGGCCUGGGACGCACUGAAGUCCGCCAGCUCAAUGGAGGAACCUCUCAACUGGCUGCUGUUCAACAAAUACUUGACACUCGGCCUUUGCCGUGCCGUCAGCAGGCACAGGAAGGUGCUGGAGAAAGUGGUGGACGUGGACCACGUUGUGAAGGCACAAACCAUCCGCGAGUUUGACGAGCGCUUCACGUCGCUGCUGUUUGGUUAUGAGUCCUGCAGGGAUUAUUACCUCGACGCCAGCCCAGACAAAAAGCUCCCCGACACCGCAGUACCUAUAUUGUGUCUCAACGCGGCUGAUGACCCCUUCUCUCCCCAGGAUGCCUUCCCAGUGUCCAUAGUCCAGGCCCUGCCAAACGUGGCUCUGCUGCUGACCGCUCACGGUGGACACAUCGCCUUCCUGCAGGGUCUGUUUCCGCGAGGUGAGAGCUACAUGGAGCGCCUGUUUGGCCAGUUCGUCCAAGCUGUGUUUGAACACCAGCGGGACAUCAAGAAAGCCUGCAGUAUCAGAGAGGACUAGAAGAUUAAACAGCUGGAUUACUGCAAAGGAACACAUGAUUUGUCUGAAAGUGGGCCACCAAUUCUGAGUUAAAAAAAAAGCCCCUAGAUCCAGCUCCAUAUUAAUGCUAAAGGAUAAUCAGUUUUAAAGUGGACUAUGUUCCAUCUCUGCUGAAAGGAUUCAAAAUCCAAUCAUAUUUUGAAGGAAAAACAAACCCAAAAUGUAAAGUCAUAACGUCCAUGGCAUAUGUAAUGAAGCCACUGGUGUGCUAGAAAAGCAUUUCCCAGUACUGCAUGUCAUUCCCUGCUCCACCCAUGCUCUUUGUUGGAUGAAAGAAUAGCAUCUGUAUUGUGCAAUUAUUUGACCUCAUUUGCAGCUCUUUUAAUCUACCUCCUCGCCCUCUCAGGUGAUAUCACAAUAAUCACUUAUAGUAUUAUCAAAGUACAGAAAAAUUAACCAGCUCAUGAUCAAACAUUUUUCAGGUAUUUCAGAAACUUUGAGCAUGUAACAGAACUUCUGCCAAAUGUGAACGCGCACUGUGUAUUUUACUUAUAUAUAUAUAUAUGUAUAUAUAUAUAUUUAGUAGUU